CUGCACUAGAAAUAAUUGUUACAAGUUAUUUGUUAGGGAAAGAUUUAAUGGCAUUUGAAAUGCGAGUUCUCAUUGUGGUGGUGGCCAUGGUUGUAUGGCUUCCCUCGGCGGCAUAUGCAGAGCAGGGAACAGCCACUUUUUACACGCCUCCUUACGUUCCCUCCUCAUGCAACGGAUAUCAAAACGAUGGUGUGCUGAUUGCUGCAGCAAGCGCUCCCAUUUUUAACAAUAAAGCUGCUUGUGGAAGAAGCUACAGAGUAACAUGCACCGGCGCUACUAACCAAGGUGUGCCACAACCUUGCAAGGGUACCAGCGUUGUGGUUAAAAUUGUGGAUCUCUGUCCUUCUCCUGGAUGCCAAGCAACCCUCGAUCUCUCUCAGGAAGCCUUUGCCACCAUUGCUAACCCCGACGCCGGCAAGAUCACGAUUGAGUAUAAUCAGGUUUGAAGCUAAGCUAGCUAGCUCUCUAAGCCAUAUGGGAGAAGCAAAUUUUAUGCCACAUUUUGUGUGAAACUUUUAUGUUUCAUUGAAGUCAAGUCAUGAAUAAGAAAGCAGCACUUUGUGUGAAACUUUCAUGUUCUGCACGUGAUAAUUAAAUAAAGAGGAGGAAAACAGUGGGAGGAAAAGUCUCGCAACUUCGCAACGCCAAACAAACCAUAUAUAUGUACACUCGAUUUAUGGAGAGAUAAGAUCAAAACAGACUUGGGGCCGUUUUGCUCUGAUACCAUGAAAUAAAUUGAAGU